AUGGCCUCCCUACGCAUCCCUGGUCAUCACUUUGUGCCUCUCGUAAUUACCUCCCUAUUUGUGUACCUGUCAUCAAUAUUUUCCUUGCUCAAGGACACCCAGCCUCACCAAAGUCAAACAACUAAAGCCGGAGGCUCAAACAGGCAUAAGUCAGGAUCUAGCCGUGCCAAAGCCGGCGAUUCUGUUCUUAACACUCUGUUGACAGGGCUUCCCUCGGCAAGGUGGCCCCUGUGGACCAGAAUCACGAUAUUAAUCAAUGUCGUCCUGGCAGUGCUAACACUUGAUUUCCUGACCCGUGGUGUUCUACUUUAUUCAACCACCGAUGUUGCGUUCUCGCGCGUUGGAUAUGUCUCCCCGACUACUGCCAACUUGGUCUUUCGCGAGCCAGACACGGCUCGCCUACCAGUGACGGUGAUGUUCCAGGAGGUCUCUGAAAUGAGCCAGGACUGGCAUGAAGAAGGCAUCGUUUACAAACUGGAUAAGACCACGGACUUUACUACGACUGUGACUCUAACCGACCUGAAGCCGGCGACACACUAUCGCUAUUCGCUGUCUAACAACAAGUCUGGCACGUUUACCACGGCGCCAUCGCCCGAAACCCGUGAAGCAAAGCGACUAUCUUUUGUAACGUCAAGUUGCCUAAAGCCAAACUUCCCUUACAACAUACUAUCGCAUCCACUACGGGUCCCAGGCCUCGAGCAAAUGACCGACGCCCUCGCCAAACUGCCCAAGCUACUUCGCCCAGCAUUCAUGCUCUUCCUAGGCGACUUCAUCUACAUAGACGUCCCCUGGCGUUUUGGCUCAUCCAUGGAACACUACCGCAGCGAGUAUAGACGCAUCUACUCGUCGCCUUCCUGGAACCACGGGCCAGAAGAAAACCGCGCUAUCGACCUCCCCUGGCUGCACACUCUGGACGACCACGAGAUCCAAAACGACUGGUCGCAGGGCAACAAAACCGCCCCGUAUCCCGCGGCAGCAGACCCCUUCAUCCACUACCACGUGCGGGCAAACCCACCCAUCCCGCAAGCGCCCUUCGCCCAUCCAGACAACGUAACCUACUUCGCCUUCACGCAAGGCCCAGCCUCAUUCUUCAUGCUAGACACACGCACCUACCGCACCGAGCCAGCGCACCAGAACUCAACCAUCCUCGGCCACCCCCAGCUCCAAUCCCUCCUGACGUACAUCUCAACCCCAGAGCCAGCAGGCGUACACUGGAAAAUCAUCUCCUCCAGCGUGCCCUUCACCAAGAACUGGCACGUCGGCACCACAGAUACCUGGGGCGGGUUCCUUGACGAGCGCCGCACCGUCUUCGAAGCAAUGUGGCGCGCAGAGCGCGAUCUAGGUAUCCGCAUAGUCAUGCUUAGCGGUGACAGACACGAAUUCGGCGCCACUAGGUUCCCGGACCCGGAGCUUAACCUCGGUCCCGAUCAACUUCUGCCUAAUACGGCUGGGCUGGGAUUGCACGAGUUCAGCGUUGGGCCGUUGAGCAUGUUCUACCUUCCCGUCCGUACGUACCACCAGACAGACUCUGAGGAUGUUAUGGUGAAGUAUGCGCCGAAUGGAAAUAGUAAGUUCGGGCUUAUUGAUAUUGCGGAUGAGGUUGAAGAUGUUGGUUCGACUGCUGCUGCGCCUGUUCGGGCUCGUAGCUCCGUUCUUACUUACUCGUUAUAUGUGGAUGGGGUGGUUGUUUGGAAGUAUCGUCUCAGUGUGCCAUUGGACCGCGAUAUGAGCGUGCAUGGCCCGUCUCUGCCGCCGGGCCGUGUGGUUCAGGAUGAGAUUCCGGAUCUUAGUUGGAGUGUAGUGCUUGGGACUGUUGUGGGACGGUUGCCGGAGUUGACGAAGCGGUUUGCUGAGACGGUUAAUGAUCUCUUCUUUCAACUCGCAGAUCGACUGUGGAGGAUCGAGAGACUCGAUUAG